UAGAACUAGCAGUUACUCAAUGGGCCAAGCUGAGCUUCGGCGUUUUUAAAUGUACCACUGACCGCUUCAUGGACAGCCGGGGAGGGUUGACAUUGCUAGUUGUAAAUGACGAUGCGCCACUGUAUUGGACGCUUUGAGUUAAUUGGGCUUACAUUAACAUAGCUAGCGUUUGCUCCACUUGGAUACGGUGUCAGAGGACUACGGUGAAACAAACAGAAGCCAGCGUGUGGACAGUUGCCCGUUUGUAAAUCGUGCAUCCAUCCCCGAAAGUGACGCGACCAAAUAAAGCGGAGCCACUGAAAGGCGCAGGUGCGAUGACGGGGCUGGGGGCCGAGGACGACAUCCCGCUGGGCGAGAGGAAGACGGUGACGGACUUCUGCUACCUGCUGGACAAGUCCAAACAGCUCUUCAAUGGCCUCAGAGAUCUGCCCCAGUAUGGGCAUAAGCAGUGGCAGUCCUACUUCGGCCGCACGUUUGACGUCUACACCAAGCUCUGGAAGUUCCAGCAGCAGCACAGACAGGUGCUGGACAACCGGUAUGGCCUGAAGAGGUGGCAGAUUGGCGAGGUGGCCUCCAAGAUUGGGCAGCUCUACUACCACUAUUACCUCCGCACGUCGGAAACGAGCUACCUGAACGAGGCCUUCUCCUUCUACUCGGCCAUCCGCCAGCGCUCCUACUACUACCAGGUCAGCAAGGAGGAGAGGCCUGAGUUGGUGGUGAAGAAGCUGAGGUACUACGCUCGCUACAUCGUGGUGUGCUUGCUCCUCAACAAGAUGGACCUCGUCAAAGUUUUAGUUAAGGAGCUGUCUGAGGAGAUUGAGGACUACACCCAGCGCUUCAACACGGAGGACCAGCUGGAAUGGAACCUGGUGCUACAGGAGGUGGCCGCCUUCGUGGAGGCGGACCCGGUGAUGGUGGUGAGCGAGGAGAACGCGGUGGUGAUCAUGUCCAAUCGGCUGCUGGAGGGGGGCGUGCCCCCGCUGGAACAGGGCAUGGUGGUUGGUCAGCUGGCCCUGGCCGACGCCCUCAUCGUCGGCAACUGUGCCACUCAGGUGAAGUUCAGUGAGCUGACCAUCGAUAUGUUCCGCAUGCUGCAAGCCCUGGAGAGGGAGCCGGUUAACCUGGCCACCCAGACCAACAAGACUGGACCUCUGGAGCCGUGUGAGAAGCCGGCUAAGAGGGAGAACCCCCAUAAGUACCUGCUCUACAAGCCCACCUUCAGCCAGCUCUACACCUUCCUCUCAGCCUCCUUCAAGGAGCUGCCAGCCAACAGCGCUCUGCUCGUCUAUCUCUCGGCCUCUGGAGUCUUCCCCACUGCACGCAACGAGUAUGACGGCCCGUACGAUGUGGGUGGUGUGCUGACCAACACCAACCGUGACGUGGUGAACGGAGAGACCAUACAGAAGAGAAAUCAGGCCCAGAAAGAGAUGCACUGCCUCCAUCCUGGUGACCUGUACCCCUUCACCAGGAAGCCCCUCUUCGUCAUCGUGGACUCUUCCAACAGCACGGCCUACAAGAAUUUUACUAAUCUGUUUGGACAGCCAAUCGUCUGCCUGCUCUCCCCGACUGUCUAUCCUAAGAGCAUGCAAGACCAGUCUCAGCGGGGUAGCCUGUUCACCCUCUUCCUGUACAACCCCUUGAUGGGCUUCCUGUCGGUGUGUGGGCUGAGCAGCAUGCGCCAGGGGCUGUGGGACAAGGCACAGGACUUCCUGCGCAAGGUCUACCGCGACAUCGGCACGCUCAUCACGCGCUCACGGGUCAUAGACCAAGCCUUCCUGCAGUUCUAUGGAGAUGAGUUCCUGAGGUUGCUGAUGAUUCGGUUCGUGUUCUGCUCGGCAACACUUCGACUGCACAAACUCUUCCGGGAGUCUCGGAGCUUUCCAGAUUCGUACCCCCAGCUUCCAAAACAGGACACAGUGGAGAACACGGCUCUGCAGAAACACGUUCACGAGCUGGCGGCCAUGCUGGACGUACAAAACCUCUUCUGUGACAGCAGCUCGCUGGAUAACUAUUGACCAUAAACACAACAACACACACGCACACUUAGAUACAUACACUUAACAGGCAACAAGGCAAACAUCGCUAUGAAAUCCUUGCACACAGUUCUCCUGCGUGAACAGUGCAGUUUUAUCUUUUAUCUUAUUGUUUAGCACUAGGUUAUUCUUUUGCUGAAAUGUUAUCCGGUGGAAAUAUUCAAACCUUUACAAUCCACGUUUUUAGGUUUCUCACAUCUCAAGGCAUAUCUUGAAGCAGUGACAAUGGAUACAAUCGAAUAUGAACGCUGGCAGCUCUCUUAACGGUAGCUGUAAAGAUUUAGCAAAAAAAAAUAAUUAUAAUUAAAAAAAUAGGCACGCUUUGAGAACAGGGUAGAGAAAAAUAAUAAAAUAAAACUAAAAUCAUCUCUAGAACAAAGGAAAAUUCCAGAACGACACCACUGCCUGUUUUAGCAUUCCGCUCCACUCCUCCAGGCAGUCUUUCAGACUCUUCUGUGUUUUUGCAAAGUUUACACGCCUUAUCAUCUUUUCUGACUCUCUCUCUCUUUUCUGCAUGUGCAUUCAAUUGUCUAUGACACUGUUGUUACUGGCUUGCCUUUUCUUUUCUUUUCUUUUCUCUUUGAGUUUUCUUAACGCCAUUUUGUCUUCUUCCUCUGUACUCAGUACUAACUUGAUUCUGACUAACUUGAGCCAACCACAGCCCCCCCUCUCUCCCCUUCUGGAAGGAGCUCUUACGUGGUGUGAGUCCCCGUGUUUUUAGGAUGAACUCUCCAGUCCUGUGAUCCCUCAUUGGGCGAGUGUGUGUUUUAAGGGGGGAAAAAACGGGGGACGUGUGUGUCGUCUAAACGUUUGUGGAGUUUUAAAACGCUAUAUUCCAAUGAGGAAGGAUGUUUUAGCACGUUUGACAGUACUGUGUCCCUGUCCAUAUAAAUAAUUUUCUUUCUUUCUCUUUUUUUUUUAUAUUCCGCUGUCCAAUUGUAUAUGUGGUGGACUCUACUAUCCAGAAUGGAUUAUCUUUUUUUGUUUCUUUGUUGGUCUGUUGUUUUUUUUGGGGUUUUUUUUCAAGCUCGCUGAAAAAGUGACGAGCAAAGCAAAUAUCCCUAUAUAUACAAACAUAGAUAUGUAUAUAAAUGUAUAGAUGAGAGAGAAGAAAAAAAACAACCAUGUGAGGCUGCAAGAGGUUUUUAAGGUCCAUCUGUUCCAUGUAGCUAAGGGGUUUCUUUUCUUUUCGGUGGGUAAAGGAAUCUGUAAAAAGAUGGUGCUGUGCAGUUGUCCCAGACUGUCCCCACCCCUCUCUCCCCACUCUAUACACACACGCACACACACCCUUCCCUACCCAAAGCAGAUUUUUUUUUGUGAAUGAACUGACUGACUCUGUCAUGGCACUGCUCCCUCUGCUGUUGUGUUUAGUGCACUGCAGCCAGCCUACAUUCCAAGGACAUCCUGAGAAAAAAAAGAGAAAAAACUAAGAAAUGAAAUGAGCCCACUGAGGAGACUGCCGUUGACUCUUUUGCUUUUAAUGUCCGUAGUUUGAAUUGGGCCAUCCUGACAGGGAGAAAUAUGGGGCAGUUAACCUCCUUGAUAGUGUUUUUCUUUUCUUCUUCUGUUUUGUUUGAAUGAAUUAGAGUGAUAAUAUAUUGUUCAAAAUGGCGGGAGUUGAUUAGCAUUUUGAUGAGGAGGUUGGUAUAACAAUAAUAAUAAUAAUAAUAAUAGCCUUGCACUUUACUUGUACUGAGGUUUUGACCUGAUGUUUGUUGUGCUGUUGGUAAAUGUCAGAGGCAUGUCAGAGACCACGAUAAAACUCACAAUAUUGUCUUAUCUCCACUCCACGUCGUUAUGUAUACCCAGCAGCAGCACUCUCUUGGCCUUGUGUUCAGAAGCUCCAUAGCUGCCCAAGCCCACUCCCCUCCUCAAGUGUUACAGUUCAAUGCCAGAUGGGACAUUUGCAGGCUCUUUGCGAGUGUACGUACUGUAUGUGGGCCUGUUUGAGUGUCAGAGUGUUGGGCAAGCACCACCACCACCACCCCCACACACACCCCUUCCCCAAGCUUUGUUGAUGAUGUGAAAGAGGCUGCCUGCUGUCUCAGUCCUCUCUUAAGGAAGCACAAAAAACCCCAGUCAGCCGCCCGUUGCAACAUUCCAACACCUCAUCCUCCUCUUGAAAUGAACUGACCCCUCCCUUUUCCCACCCAGAACAUUGAAAACACAGACUGAACUGAACUGAACAAGCCUUGGCCCCUCCUCCCUACGAUCCACGUCAUACAUUUCUGAUAUGCCUUUUAGAGAGAAAAAUAUAUACUUUUUGUAUGUUCUUUUUGAAGAACGCAGCAUGUAGCAUUUUGAUUAUUUUUAUUUAAUGUGUUGUUUUUUUGUUGACAUUCUUUUGUUUUUUUGUACACGUUUUGUCUUAGUUUUUUUAUUAUUGUUGUUGUUUCCCCCCUCGACGUCGAUUUCACUUCACCACAGCUGCGCCCGAUCAAUCACUGCCAGACUUGAUCAACCAACCAACCGUGUUCUGAAAUAUUCCAGACCAGAAACACACAAAAAAGAAUAUCCAGUAGUAAUGUUUUUUGUUUUGUUUUGUUAUUUAUUUAUCAAUUUUGCACCAUUUGGACUUGAAAGAGAGACGGUGGAAGUCAGACGACUUGAAAUGGUGGUUUCUGUCCAGUAGACAUGAAGGAAUCCUGUUCCCUCUGUUUGAUUUCUGAUGUUUUAAUGUAAUGCCCACAAGGACAGCUGUGCUUCUGCUCUGCUCUGCUCUUCAUCGCCACCUGUGGACGUUGUGGAGACUCAUCAGUGUCCUUCACUGACUUUGUACACACAGACUGGUUGUCAUGGCAACCUUGGGACCUUGGUAGUACCCGCUGGGAACUGAGCGAGAUGAGGAUUCUGUGGGGGGUGAGAAGCACAGGCUAGAGAUGCACAUAUCUGCUCCCCCCCUUCUACACUUUCUGUAUGUGACCAAACUUGGAACUGUUGAUGAAGAGAAGACAAAAAAACAGCUGUCCCUUCUUUGUUUUGCAUUAAGAGAGCUCACAAAUUGCAACACAUGUAUAGCGUGGCCACAUGGGACACUCUACAAGAGCUGUAAAGCCAAGCUUCUGACACUUUGUUCAUGACGCAUUUUCUACCACCAACAACAACAACAAAAUAUUUUACUUUUCUUCAAAGUACCCAUGUUUUAAAGGAGAACCAAGA